AGAGCGCCAGUCAGAAACAAGAGCACACUGAGAUGCUCGCAUCUCGCCAUGCAGUGUGUUUAACAGAGUGCUGAAACCUGCCGGGCAGUGACAAUCCUAGGAGAAGCUCCGCCACAUGCACCGUCUGCGAAACAGGAAGCGGCAGUUAGAUGCAUUUGGAUUACCGGUUGGUGAACUGUCACAGAGUUAACGGCUACAGACGAGGCAUUAUCACUUCGAAAGCGUUAACCACGCGCCAGUCAUAAAAAGUAGCCUUCAUGACUGCACUUCAUUAAACAAUGGCAAUUGUCGCACUUCAUUGAUUUUAUUAUUAUUAUUAUAUCGAGUGGACAAUUCUUCUCCUUUUUAAAAAAAUAUUGUAAAUUGACAUUUCGUUUAACAGGAUCACGGACGAUGGAAGACAGUUUCAGAACAAGCUUUUCGUCUACAUAGGCUGCAACAUCGGGCUCUUCUGAAAUACUUCACUAUUGGAUCCCGAUUACUGAAUUUCAAUCUUUCAACCCAACUUUACCAAGACUUGACUGGGACCAGACAGUAUGGGGUUAAAAAGCUCCUACUGGCUUCUGAUAGCUUUCUUGGUGAGCGGAACUGUUGCCAGGGAGACCAGCUCUGAGCCUGCUAGCCCAGACACAUCUCUCAGGCCUGUCCUGACCAUAAUGGAGGACGAGAGGCAGACCAUGACCGAGGGUCAAUACAAAUGUCUUGAACUGUUCAGCCGAGAUCAGCAGCACAACAGAACAGGUGUGUUCUGUAGCCGUAUGUGGGAUGGCUUGCUGUGUUGGGAUGAGACUCCGGUGGGGACCUACGCCACACAGAACUGCCCAGACUACCCUGGCCUGGACAUCUCUGGAAAAGUGUCAAAAUAUUGUGAUGAAUCUGGUAAUUGGGUCCAAAGUCCCUCCAUUAAUACGACCUGGUCCAAAUGUCUGACGCUCUCCAAGGACAAAUUAAAGAAGAUGACUCCCCAUGGUCUGCUAGAGCCAGGGUCUGUGGAGCCCACUGUGGAGACUCCAGUCAGCCAGAAUGUGACUCCCCAUGGUCUGCUAGAGCCAGGGUCUGUGGAGCCCACUGUGGAGACUCCAGUCAGCCAGAAUGUGACUCCCCAUGGUCUGCUAGAGCCAGGGUCUGUGGAGCCCACUGUGGAGACUCCAGUCAGCCCCAGGGUCAGUCAGGAGGAGGAGGAGAGGAAGAAGAUCAUCGACGGUCAAUACAAAUGCUUUGAGAAGAUGAACAGAGAUCAGCCGUAUAACAAAUCAGGGCUGUACUGUAACCGGACCUGGGAUGGCUGGCUGUGCUGGGAUGAUACACCUGCUGGGACAGUCACCUGGCAGAACUGCCCAAACUAUUUCCGUGACUUCGACUCCACAGAAAAAGCUACAAAGACCUGUGGCGAAUCAGGACAGUGGUUCCGCCACCCAGAUUCCAAUAGGACUUGGUCCAACUACACGCUGUGUAACUUCCACACUACUGGCAAGCUGAAGAUGGCCUAUAUCCUGUACUACAUGGCGAUUGUGGGUCAUGCCUUAUCCAUAGCCUCCCUCCUGAUCUCUCUGGCUAUAUUCUUCUACUUCAGGAACCUGAGCUGCCAAAGGAUCACGCUUCAUAAGAACCUCUUCGUUUCCUAUGUCCUCAACUCCGCCCUUACCCUCAUCUACCUCAUAGCAGUGGUCAACAACACAGAUGUAGUGGAGAGAAAUCCAGUUGGCUGUAAGGUGUUGCACUUCUUCCACAUGUACAUGCUGGGCUGUAACUACUUCUGGAUGCUGUGUGAGGGGAUCUAUCUGCACACGCUCAUUGUGGUGGCUGUGUUCGCCGAGGAGCAGCACCUACACUGGUACUACCUCCUAGGCUGGGGGUUUCCCUUAGUGCCUGCAUCCAUCCAUGCCGUAGCGAGGAAGAAGUAUUUUGAUGACAACUGCUGGAUGAGUGUUGAGACCCACCUGCUCUAUGUGGUCCACGGGCCCAUCAUGGCAGCGCUGCUCGUGAAUCUGUUCUUCUUGCUGAACAUCGUGCGGGUGCUGGUUACCAAGCUGAGGGACACCCACCGGGCAGAGUCUAACAUGUACAUGAAGGCAGUGAGAGCUACCCUGAUCCUGGUCCCUCUCCUGGGCAUCCAGUUUGUCAUCUUCCCCUGGAGGCCAGAGAACCGUCUGGCGGGGGAGGUCUACGACUACAUCAUGCAUAUAUUAAUGCAUUAUCAGGGAUUACUAGUGGCAACGAUAUUCUGCUUUUUCAAUGGCGAGGUGCAGGCGGCUCUGAAGAGACAGUGGAUUCAGUAUAAGGCCCAGUGGGGUCAGAGACGUAGGGACCACUGCUCCAUGCGCUCUACCUCCUACACCGCCACAUCCAUCACUGAGGUGCCUGCCUUCAUGUACCACCACGACUGCAACAGCGAACACUUAAACGGCAGACACACCUCUGAGGACUCUGAGCUGGUGGCUCUUAAGACAGGGGAGACGUACGCCUAACAAGCGGGAGGCAGUCUGAGUGUGGGAGGAGAGAAGAGUUAGUAGAGGAAUCAAGAUGGAGACGUUUCUCUGCUAUCUAACAUGAAAAAGUUUCCCAGCGGUCCCCGCCACGGUUCCACAUCUCAGAGACAGAACGAGGGGGUAAGCCCCAGACUGUGAAGGAGAAGACAGUGUGUGGCUGGACAGUGAUACAGUGAUUCAGUAUCUCUCCCAUGACUUGGCCAACGAUGGCUGAUGCUUCUUUACAUGACAUUGCUGCUGCUGUGGCUGAUUUUAAAAACAUUAUAAGAUAUACAUGAAAUGGGAGCCGAGUUUGAAAUGUGGCACGUCCUAAAGCUGCUAUUUGUGGCUGCUAUUUGUGGAGCUCUUCCUACACAUCAUGGGGACGUUGAGGAUGAUGGUGAUGAUGAUGAUGUUGAUGAUGAUUAUGAAACUGUAUUGUUGCUUCGUCUAUACCAAAGGGUGUGUGGGUUUGGCUGCCAUAGGCAUGCUCUGCGUGAACUGAAUCCAACACUGAAGCGACCAACAGUGUCCAUGACACGUCAGAUCAAAGGUUGACAAAGGCUCCCUGUACCUAAGCUCUGGAAUCCUGUACAUAUUUGUUUCACCAGUUUCACUUUAAAAGUGUCAAAGGGUGUUUUAGAAGAUUCUAUUUUUCGGACUAAAUGUUUUUGUUCUUGUCAACGACUUGUUCUUUAAAUACCUGCUAUCUGUCCUGUGAAGCCAGUUAGCUCCGCCAGACUGCUUUGCUGUUAGCACAGCUGCUGACUGUUCUUGUGGUGUUUCUGUCACAAGGCAUGGAUUUAAAGAAUGCAGAAGAUACAGAACACCUUGAUAUGGGCUCAAAAGAGAGAGAGUAAAAAGGAUUGAUUAACUUAAAAUAAAAAGCAAGAUAUUGAAUGACAUAGGUAACGCAUUUAGAAGCCAUUUUGAGUACCACAUGGCUCUAGAGGGGAGACUAUUUCAGUGAAAUAGUCUGUCUAUUGUUUGCCGUGUCCAUUUGCCAAAAGGUCUAAAGUGAAGCUUGUAUGGUUACCGAAGGAUCAUUAUGUUAUGUUUUGUGCUUAAAUUAAGGACAUUUGAAUAUGUUCAAAUGUAUUUUCUUUGUCAAAUCGUUUAUGAAUAGAAAUAACAGGGAAUGAGGAGAGAAAAUGAGUAAAUAAUUAAGGCUACCUGCACAGUGUUGCUAUCUCAACAAUUAUAAUUUUCAAUACAAUUAUCUAAAUUGAAAACAUGAUUACCUCGAAGAAGCAUUUUCCUUCCAUUGUACAGAAUCUGUUAAAUCAUUCUAACUGAGGGCUAUUUCAAACAACUCUCUUGUGGUGAAUACUACAGAAUGUGUAUUUUCAUUCACCUACAGAUGUAGGAUUUUAAUUUGAGCCAGUUUGCUACAACAGGAAAAUAAUCCUGCAGCAACAGGAAAUGUACAUUUUUACAUGGAUUAUAAUGAAUUGAAAUUUUUUUGUCGGGGUUGAUACAUUUUUUGUAAGGAUAAAUCAAGUCUGACAUUUCUAAAUGGAAAUUACAAACUUCAGAAGCCUCGUGACAAAUAUAAUUUGAUUUGAUUUUAAACCCCAGGAAAGUUAAAAUCAAAUUAAGAUCCUACAUCUGUAAUAUAUCAUGCCCUUAAAUUAUCAUGCUCUUGGAUUCUGAAUUAAAGUCAUUGAGGCAUUUCAGAAAGUGUAAUGUGGAAUCCUUUGCUCUUAGCUAAUCUGGUAGCGCAGGCACAUUUUUAGGAGUGUGAUUUUGGUUUUGUGUCACAAAGGCUGUCUUACGGAGUCAGGAAUAGAAACACAAUCUCUUGUUUACCGUCACUGCAUGCAGGUGGUCUCCUCAACAAGCACCUUCUGUUUCAUAGAAAUUUUUAUUUUAACCUUCAAAUGUGUUCCUUUGUAAAUUGCACAACCAAAAUUGAUUUCUAGAAUGGACACUGAAAACCAUUGAAAUUGAAUGAAAUGGCUCAGCACACUGCUUUGUAUUGAGUUAAAGGAGAUGUGUGUGUGUGUGUGUGUGUGUGUGUGUGUGUGUGUGUGU